AUGAUGCACUUUUUCAAAAUCACCUCCAACCCCGAGGUUGCAGCCCUGAUCGAAAAACAGGGCACAAACGAUGCACUAUUCAUCAUGAACCUUUCGUACUUCACCGACAUCCCUCUCACCGAAGUAGGCGGAUCCUCCUACAAUGCUAUGAACACUGGUGUCCGCAAGAUCAUCCCAGGCCUGCCUGGUUCAAAAGGUCUGACCCGGUCUGAAUUCAUUGUCAUGCGUUUCUGGGCUGACCAUCUGGGUGCUUCAAAGGUCCCAUUUCUCAUAAACCAUGCGCGCACCAUCAUUUCUGCUCGAGCACAUUGCAAUGAAAUGACAGUAUAUGACAGAAGGUUCAUUCGUUGCACAGCUAACUGCAUCAACGAAGAAGUUGCCAACAGCGACGAAACGCUUUGGGGAUACGCUCCAAAGGACUAUGGCGUGAUUUUGACUAUGGCAUAUCAGUCAUGCGUCAUGGAGGGCUUUGAUCGAUUGCAAGCUCGAGGUUUAGAGCAUGUUGGUGACUUUUCUCCACAAAGUAUCGAUGAGAACAUCCUGAAGUCCUGUAUCGAGACAACUGGACUUCACGAAACUAAAAUCAAGAUGCACCAGACUGAGGAGACUCUACAUGAUAUCGAAAUGUCCGUUGCUUUUGCUGAAGGUGACAAGCGUUUUCUCACUAAAUGUGUUCGCAUCUGCGAUGAGCGAAUUCGGGUGUUGAGUGAGAAGCUUGAGGCACUCAAAGAAACAGUGAUCAAGUCAGGAGCAACUUAG